AUGUCGGAUAAGCUGAAGAGCAUGGCCGCGGCCGAGGCCACAAGCGUUCGUGCAGCAUCACAAGAUGUCCUCAAAUCAGGCGCGUAUCUCUACCCGAUCAAGGGAAUCAUCUACUUUGCAACCCACAAAGACCUCUGGGGCCCUUUCAUGUCUCGUAUCGGGCGCACCCUUAGCUUGGGAAUGGGCGUUACGUCAUUCAUGUUCUUCUUUACCUACGUGCCCCAGAUGGCCAUCAUGGCAUUUACAAGUGGUCCAUUAGCCGCGAUUUCUGCAGGUUUGCUAGUUCUCACUGAAAGUGCGACCAUAACCAACCUCCUGUCGCGGUCUUUCGUUGUGCAAGAGGCGCUCAUUGACACAUUUGAUGGCACGCUCGUCGCCCGCGGUCAGGAAUCUUUGGUUUCCCAGGGUCGUCAGCUCAAACCUCGAUCAGGUAGCAGGGAUACGGUGGCGAGACUGGGCAAGAUUAUCUCGCGUCCACUUUCCAGAUUCACGCCUCAGACAAUCUUUAGGUCUCUGAUCUAUCUACCCCUGAAUUUGAUUCCGGUUGUCGGGACAGUACUUUACAUUGUCGUUCAAGGCAAACGAGUCGGACCCGUGCUGCACACUCGGUACUUUGAGCUCAAGGGUUGGAAUGCCCGGCAACGAGAGGAGUGGAUUGCAAACCACCGGGGGGCUUAUACCGGACUGGGCAUAGCGGCAUUUGCUCUAGAGAUGAUUCCAUUCGCUUCAAUUGCUUUCUCGUUCACCAAUGCAGUUGGGGCAGCGCUGUGGGCGGCAGAUCUAGAGAAGGUAUCAAAUUAA